CUGGCGGCUGUUUAUUUUAGACCAGGAUCAGAACUUCUGACCUUGUGUGUCAUUGUCGGAUGGGGCAAGGCGGACGAGGGCGCGGUCGGGGCGUAGGCGGCGAGCGCUGCUCGACUGCAGGCUGCAACAAUAAGGCGCAGGCAAGUGGAAGAUGCAGGACUCAUACGGGGACGUUAGGCCAAUGCAGUCAACCUCGAUGCGAGAAACAAGCACAAUACAAAGGUCUGUGUGUGGCUCACGGAGGACGUCGAGUGUGCACGUAUCCAGACUGCAGCAAGACCGUGACGUCCAAGGGCUUAUGUGGAGACCACGGCGGAGGGCGACGCAAACCUUCAGGUACUAAGAGGCCGUCAGUCAAGCAGGACAAAGCGGUGUUGUCGACUUCGAGUGGAAUGUCCAUGAUGUCGCUACUAUUGAACGAGUGGCCACAGGAUGUGGACAAUGGAAUGCAUGCAUCUGCUUCUUAUACAGGACAAAUACUGGGUGAUAAGGUAUCGACAGAAGCUGUUACACCGCUUCAUUUGCCUCAAAGUUUAGGACACAGUGACUCAACUCCAAUUCCAUACAAUGGCACCUCGAAUUGGACCGUAAGUGAUGCCAAGUUUUCGACAGGUUCGGUUGCAGUAGCUACUUCAAGUGCUAUACCUCAGGAGAUACAGAACGGAUCAAUGCCACACAGUGAUGCUCCGGCUUGGCCAGGAGACAACAACGUCAUGAAUUUACAACCGUUGAUGUCGGCAGCAUCGGUCAUGCCGGCAUCAGUUUCUACGUCGACUGCUCUACCUCAGGAGACACAGGGCAACGAAUCAAUGCCACACAGAGACGCCCCAGCUUGGUCAGGAGACGAGAACGUUACCAAGAUGGAGCAUUCGGUAUCGGUGAUGCCGACGUCGAGGCAAAGUGGGGGUUCGAUGAUGUCGCUGCUGCUUGGAGGGUGGUCUCAAGAUACGUACACAGUGAAGACGGAGGAAAACAGUACUGAACGUGAUUCUGUUGAGACAAUAGACAGUGAAAAGUCAACAGAUAAACCUGUCAAGGCGCGCAAGAGGGCGCUUUGUACGUACGAUGGCUGCACCAAGAUCGCUCAAUCACAGGGACUCUGUGUAACCCACGGAGGGAAGCGAUGCACACACUCUGGAUGCACUAAAAGUGCUCAAUAUCAAGGCUUAUGUACGACCCACGGAGGGUCAAGAGCUUGCACGUUUCCUAACUGUGUGAAAACGGUCCGAUCGGCUGGCAGAUGCUUCGAACACGGCGGAGGCAAGCGAUGCUCGCACUCUGAGUGUACCAAACCGGCCAAAGCGAAUGGGCUGUGCAGCUCUCAUAGCAAGUGAAGAAUCAUUUUUAUUAAGGUGAUGCAUAAGGUUUAUUUCAACUCGUUCAAGGAAAUAGAAAGUGCAGUUGAUCAUGUAGCUUCACCAGGAAAUUUGAUGGAGCGUCGUUCUGGCAAUCUAUGUUUCUUCAUGAAAUUUUUACUGUUAGUAAGAGCUCACGGAAGGAUCUCUAAAUCUUAAUCAGAGUAGUCAACGUUCUUGAAC